AAGUGGUUCCUUUGCCGACGAAUAAACAAGCAGCAACACAAGGCGGUCAAAUACGACAUUAACACCGGAGAGUCUCUAUGACUUUAUCAAAGUCAAGAUUUGAGAGAAGAAGUAAAAUUGACUGUGUAUCUCUUGAUUUCAACGCAAUACGAUGUCAACUAAGGCACAUCGAAGGGCAAGCUACGAGGAGAGAGUAGAUCAAGAUGGCCGAUUGACAGGCAAACACAUACGAACCUUGUUACACCUACAAGAUUUACACACCGAAAACGAUCUUUUGAAAGCUAGAAUUGCUGAACUGGAACUAGAGGAGGCAAAAGCUGCCAGAUGUGAUCUUCUGGAGCGUGAAGUGGAGAAAUUACAGGGUGAAUUAUCAAAGUGUGAAGAGCUUCAUCAGAUUGCAAAGGAGGCAAAGGAUAAGUUCCAGCAAAUGCAAAGAGACUGUUUGAUGAAGAUUGAUGGAACCUGUGCAGCUUUGACAGAAAAACACAAAGUAGAGAUCAUGAGAAUUGUGUCAGAAAAACUUGAAGCUGAGAAUAGCUGGGCAGUUGAGAAGCAACAGGUGACUGAGAAAAUUGAAGGUCUUCAGAAAGCAAAUAAACUUCUUAAAGUAGAACUUGAGAGUUUGAAAAGAACAGGAUGUGAUACUGUGAAACUGAAUUCAGCUCUUCAAAAAUCAAAGGCAGCCAUUGAGUUAUUGAAACAAAACUGUGAACAGUUGAAACAAGAAAAAGGAAUCCUGGAGAAGACUGUACAGGAUUUUAGCAUGGAAAAUGAAACUCUUACAUCAGAGGUGGACAGUUUGAAAUCUAGGAUAGCUGUUCUGGAAAUGCAGACAAAACUGUCUCGUGAAGCUAAAGCUGAGCAGCAGGGUAAGGCGAUGGAAACUAACAAGCUGAAAGAACAGGAUGACGCUGAAAUAGCUAAGUUAAAAGAACUUAUUCAGGAACUAGAAAGUAAAAAUGAAACCCUUUCAGAAGCGAACGAAAAACUAGAAAACAACAACAAACUUUUGGAGUUCAAUCUUCAAGACUCUCCUCAGAGCUUGAAACACAUGUACAAAGAAAGAGACCAGCUUAAAAACAGAAUAACGGGACUUCUGAAUGAAAUAGCAGCUAUAAAGUCACAAACACCGGAGAAGCAUGCAUUUGUUGACUUUGUCCAUCUCAAACGGGAUUACAAUGCACUGAAAGACGAACAUGAAAAGCUCCUCAAGAAAAGAGUCUCCAAAAUGAAUGUGUUACCAACUCUAAAGGGAGAUACCACAGUUAGUACACGGGCAACAAGCGGUGGGACUGUGAGAAGUGGAGCACAAGUGGGAGGGGUGGGUGCUUUCUGGUAGCAGAAGACUCUCUGACACCACCCUCCCUCCCCCAUUUCUUGUGUCAAAUGUUUUCCAAAGUAGAUGAUGUACCGUGGUAUUUGGUGAAUUAUUUGAUCUCAGGUGUGGUGAAUGUCGCUGCCUGAAGUCAACUAUCAAAGCUAAGCUAGACCUAGAGUUUUAACAAAAAUUUUAUUUGGAGUUUUCUUUUGUAAGAAUUAAGUGCAACUUUUAGUUAUCCAUACCUGUUUUAAGAUAGAGGCGUUUUAUAUCUUAACGCUGGGAACUUUAUAUAUUGUAUAUACUGAGAAUGUUUAUGCUUUACCACUGUACGUUAAACAAUUUGAACCUGCUGUAUAAAUAGAGGAGACUGAAAUGAUUAGGCUUGAGUAACUACCUGGUCAAUCGACUGUUUUCCCCACAAUUGGCCCCAAAAAUUCCGCACAACUUAAAAUUAUUUCCCUUCUCUGUCAAUAGUAGAAAGCUUUCACUUUAAAAAAACAAACAAUCAGCAAACUAUUCAUGACCUAAAACUUUCUCAAAUGUUAUCGAUUUCCUUAUUUAUUAAAUUCAGUAGUUAUUAUUGAUAACAAGGUGUGUGUUUUGUAGAGCUAUUUAUAGCACACUCGGUAAAGUAUUUAACGCGGAAAAGUAUUUAACUAAAGACCCAAAUGGUACUUUGUAUGAUUUCUGCGCCGGGUAUUUUAGGUUUCAGGAGCGCCAUGAUGUAUGAGGAGAGUACAGUAGCAGGACUAAAAAGGCGAAUGGAGUUGUAAAUAGCUGAUAUUUCCAUUAACAAUGGAGAAGUUGCUUUUCCCAUAUGAUCCUAGAUUUCUACAACUGUAAAUGAGACAAAAGAGAAUGGAACUUAGUAGUAAAAAUGUACAAAAGGCGAAUACGCAACAAAAUGUUUACACGCACGUUGCUUUUUUUAUUAGUUAAGAUAUGUCAUCAGGGUUACGAUCACAUUUGAAAGAAAGUCCAUUUUGUCGGCCAACCUGCUGGCUGACGCGCUAACAGUAUUAACAGUACCAGAAUACUGUUAACUUCACCGUUUUGAAAUAACACUGAAUCAGAUCCAUCAAAUACUGAAAGAAAAUGUAAUAAAAAAGAUAUCAAUGCC